GCCAGCUGACUGACAGACUGCUGUUUUUCCUCGGAGAGUUGGUCGCUUUCUCAACUUCAUCGACAGUUUUUUCGGGGAGGUCCUUCAGAGAGUAACAGGUGCGGGACAGGAGCUUUUCUCAAGUUUGUUGCCAACUGUUGCUCUGCUUGCCAUUAAGUGUCAAAAAAAUAUGGCAAACUCGGGCGUUCAGUUGCUUGGAUUUGGUCUCUCUCUGAUUGGCAUCAUUGGACUGAUCGUGGGCACCAUCCUGCCGCAGUGGAAGAUGUCCGCGUACGUGGGGGACAGUAUUAUCACGGCAGUGGCCACUUACCAAGGACUGUGGAUGUCCUGCGCGUUUCAGAGCACCGGACAGCUUCAGUGCAAAAUCUACGACUCCAUUCUACAAUUAGACAGUGAUCUUCAAGCGACCCGUGCUUUGAUGAUUGUGGGUAUCAUUGUGUCCAUUUGCGGUCUUGGUGUGGCCUGCAUGGGCAUGAAGUGCACCACUUGUGGAGCUAAUGACAAAGUUCGCAAGGCUCGCACGGCCAUGACAGGAGGCAUCAUACUGCUAGUGGGAGCCCUCUGUGCAAUUGUUGCCUGUUCGUGGUUUGCCCACAAUGUGAUUCGAGCUUUCUACAACCCCUUCACUCCAGUCAACACCAAGUGAGCACAAAGAAUUCUACUUUGCACAAUUUCUGGAGCAGAAUGUCCCAACUCUGUUCCUGGAUGUCCCCCAAAAAGACACAUUUUGGACGUCUUCCUUAUCCAACACACCCA